CGGAUCACCACCCGCCACCCUCCUCUCCUCCUUCUUCUUCUUCUUGCUCCUCCUCGUUUCAAAACGUCUUCUUCUUCGCUACCCCAGUUCAGGAACCUCUCCCGCUCCUUCAAAUGGCCACCAGGAGAACCGCCUCGAAGCUCACCAAGGCCGCCGCCCUGGCCGCGGCGAACGCGGCCUCGGCGCCCCCCACGCGUCGCUCCGCCGGCGGCGCCCCCCUAUCGCGCUCUCGAUCGCUUGCCGGCGCCGCUUCCGGUUUCGGGAGCUGCAUCAACCCGUUGACCGGUCCGUCGCCGCUCCGCGAGGCUAAUGCUCUCGCUUCGGUAUCGGCCGGUGCCGUCAGGCUCCGCGGCGCCAUCGGCUUCGAUUCGCGGGACUUUGGCCGUUCCUCUGCGGCUUACUCGACCGCCGCGAGCGCGUCUCAGACAAAUCCAUCAGAGUUCACUGAGAUGGCCUGGGAGGGCAUUGUUGGCGCUGUUGAUGCAGCUCGAGUAAGCAAACAACAAGUGGUGGAAACUGAGCAUCUAAUGAAAGCUCUUUUGGAGCAGAAGGAUGGUUUAGCCAGGAGAGUUCUCACCAAAGCUGGUCUUGACAACACAUCAGUUCUGCAGGCUUUGGACGACUUCAUAUCCCAACAACCAAAGGUUGUGGGCGAUACUAGUGGCCCUAUAAUGGGCUCAAACCUUGCCUCCCUUUUGGACAAUGCUCGGAAGUACAAGAAAGAAAUGGGAGAUGAUUUUGUUUCUGUGGAGCAUUUAUUGCUUGCAUUUCAUUCUGAUAAGAGGUUUGGGCAGCAAUUAUUUCGAAAUCUCCAGCUCAGUGAGAAGGAUUUGAGGGAGGCCAUUCAAGCUGUUCGUGGAAAUCAAAGAGUAACAGAUCAAAACCCGGAAGGAAAAUAUGAAGCACUCGAGAAAUAUGGCAGUGACUUGACGGAAAUGGCUCGGCGGGGCAAGCUUGAUCCUGUUAUCGGUCGUGACGAUGAGAUCCGGCGUUGCAUUCAAAUAUUAUGUAGGAGAACUAAAAAUAAUCCAGUAAUUAUUGGUGAGCCAGGUGUGGGGAAAACUGCAAUUGCUGAAGGGUUGGCUCAACGUAUAGUCCGUGGGGAUGUACCGGAGCCACUGUUGAACAGAAAGUUGAUUUCCUUGGAUAUGGGAGCACUAGUUGCAGGCGCUAAGUUCCGUGGAGAUUUUGAGGAACGACUGAAAGCUGUCUUGAAGGAAGUAACAGCUUCAAAUGGGCAGAUUAUAUUGUUCAUUGAUGAGAUUCACACUGUUGUAGGUGCAGGAGCGACAAGUGGCGCAAUGGAUGCAGGGAACUUGUUGAAACCAAUGUUAGGUCGCGGUGAGCUACGUUGCAUAGGUGCAACAACACUGAAUGAGUAUAGGAAGUUCAUUGAGAAGGAUGCUGCUCUAGAGCGUAGGUUUCAACAAGUGUUUUGCGGGCAGCCAUCUGUUGAGGACACUAUUUCCAUUCUUCGCGGAUUGCGUGAGCGGUAUGAACUACACCAUGGCGUUAAAAUAUCAGACAGCGCCCUUGUUUCAGCUGCUGUCCUUUCAAAUCGUUACAUUACCGAACGCUUUCUGCCUGACAAAGCCAUUGAUCUAGUUGAUGAAGCCGCAGCAAAGCUGAAAAUGGAGAUUACAUCCAAGCCUACUGAAUUGGAUGAGAUAGACCGAGCUGUGCUUAAGUUGGAGAUGGAGAAGUUAUCUCUGAAAAAUGACACAGAUAAAGCAUCUAAAGAAAGGUUGCAUAAGUUGGAAAAUGACUUAAAUUUGCUUAAACAGAAGCAAAAAGAACUGACAGAGCAGUGGGAAAGUGAAAAAGCUCUUAUGACUCGGAUUCGAUCAAUUAAAGAGGAGAUUGAUAGAGUUAACCUGGAGAUGGAAGCUGCCGAGCGUGAAUACAACUUAAACCGUGCUGCUGAACUCAAAUAUGGAACGCUCAUUUCGCUUCAGCGCCAGUUAAAGGAGGCUGAAAAGAAUCUUGCAGAAUUCAGGAAAUCAGGAAAAUCUUUGCUACGAGAAGAGGUCACUGAUCUUGACAUCGCUGAAAUUGUCAGCAAAUGGACUGGCAUUCCCUUGUCGAACCUUCAACAGUCAGAGAAGGAAAAGCUAGUAAUGCUGGAGGAGGUCUUUCACAAGAGGGUGGUUGGUCAAGAUAUAGCAGUUAAAUCAGUAGCUGAUGCAAUCCGUCGUUCGAGGGCUGGAUUAUCUGAUCCAAACCGACCAAUAGCAAGUUUUAUGUUUAUGGGCCCUACUGGUGUUGGCAAAACUGAGCUUGCCAAGGCUUUAGCUGGAUAUCUCUUCAACACAGAAAAUGCUCUUGUUAGAAUAGAUAUGAGUGAGUACAUGGAGAAACAUGCGGUUUCACGUUUGGUUGGUGCACCUCCUGGUUAUGUGGGAUAUGAAGAAGGUGGGCAGCUGACUGAAGUGGUUCGGCGAAGACCUUAUUCUGUUGUGCUCUUUGAUGAGAUUGAAAAGGCACAUCACGACGUGUUCAACAUUUUGUUACAGCUGUUGGAUGAUGGAAGAAUAACUGAUUCCCAGGGAAGGACUGUCAGUUUUACAAAUUGUGUCGUGAUAAUGACUUCUAAUAUAGGCUCUCACUUUAUACUCGAAACUCUCCGUAAUACAAGGGACAGUAAGGAAGUAAUUUAUGACAUUAUGAAAAGACAAGUUGUUGAGUUGGCCAGACAAACAUUCCGCCCAGAGUUUAUGAAUCGAAUUGAUGAGUACAUUGUAUUCCAGCCACUGGACUCCAAUGAAAUUGGCAAAAUUGUGAAUCUCCAGAUGGACCGGUUGAAAGAACGACUAAAACAGAAGAAAAUUGAACUUCACUACACUGAGGAAGCCGUUGUGCUUCUUGGGACAUUGGGCUUCGAUCCAAAUUUUGGCGCCAGACCUGUGAAGAGGGUGAUCCAACAGUUGGUUGAGAACGAAAUCGCUAUGGGUAUCUUGAGAGGAGAUUUCAAGGAGGACGACUCGGUGAUUGUCGAUGCUGUCACGUCACCUUCAGCCAAGGACCGUCCCCCGCAGAAGAGGCUGUGCAUCAAGAGGUUGGAGAGCAGCCCAAUGGAUGCGAUGGUUGCCAAUGAUUGACAUUGAGUAACACGUGUCUCAUGCUGCUCGCACAUACGUCACCCUGCUUCAUUCUGGUAAGUGAUAAGAUUUUGAUUGUGCUGGUCAAGUGUUCAAGUUAGCUUCAAGUGUACAACGAGUCAAGAUAGCUACAACCAACCGCCCACCUUUAGCUGGUUUUUGUGGACAUAAGGUAUCUGUACAUAAUGUCCCAUGCAGCGCGAGUUCCACCCUAUUAAUUGGCCUGUUUCAAUGUCAGAGUUAAUGUUUCUUU